CGAUCACCUUCCCAGAAUCCCAGCGCAGCAUCAUUUCUCUCGGCAAUAAUCCUUAAAAAAUUCCCUACUACUUUGGUUGCUUCACUGCAAAACAUAAUCGAGCGACGACUCGAAUGAGAAUUUGAGGCAACUUUCUUUUUCUCCCUCUUUCUCUCUCAUCAAUUUCUACAUUCAUAUUGUUUAUUGUUGGUUAAUUCUCGUUUAUUCCCAUCAUUUCUCUGCUUUAAUCGAUUAGUUUUCCGUCUCUGAUUGGAAUUUGACAAAAUGAAGCGCUAUGUUUACAUCAAUGAUGAUGAAUCCGUGCAUGACCUUUAUUCUGACAAUCGUAUAUCAAACCGGAAAUAUACUUUGCUCAAUUUCAUUCCAAAGAAUUUAUGGGAACAGUUCAGCCGAUUUAUGAACCAGUACUUUCUGUUGAUUGCUUGUCUUCAGUUAUGGCCACUCAUCACCCCUGUUAAUCCUGCCAGUACCUGGGGUCCGCUUAUAUUCAUAUUUGCAAUAUCAGCAACAAAAGAAGCAUGGGAUGAUUACAAUCGUUUUCUUUCUGACAAGAAUGCAAAUGAGAAAGAAGUGUGGGUUGUUAGGAAUGGCAUUAGAAAACAUAUUCAAGCUCAAGAUAUUCAUGUGGGCAAUCUCGUGUGGCUUCGUGAAAAUGAUGAAGUUCCAUGUGAUCUUGUUCUGCUUGGAUCUUCUGACCCACAAGGGACAUGUUACGUGGAGACUGCUGCAAUGGAUGGUGAAACGGAUCUGAAGACGAGAGUCAUUCCCUCAGCAUGCAUGGGCAUAGACUUUGAACUACUACAAAAAAUAAAGGGGGUAAUCGAGUGCCCUAAUCCGGAUAAGGAUAUCAUGAGAUUUGAUGCAAAUCUCAGAUUAUUUCCUCCGUUCAUUGACAAUGAUAUAUGUCCUUUAACAAUUGAUAACACAAUUCUUCAGUCAUGCUAUCUGAGAAAUACAGAAUGGGCUUGUGGAGUGGCAGUCUAUACUGGUAACGAAACCAAGCUUGGAAUGAGCCGAGGGAUCCCUGAGCCCAAGUUAACUGCUGUUGAUGCCAUGAUUGACAAGUUGACUGGGGCAAUAUUUAUUUUCCAGAUAGUGGUUGUGACUGUUCUUGGUGUAGCUGGAAAUGUCUGGAAGGAUACUGAAGCCAGAAAGCAAUGGUAUGUUUUAUAUCCUAAGGAAGGCCCAUGGUAUGAAUUGUUGAUUAUACCUUUACGGUUUGAGCUGCUAUGUUCCAUCAUGAUUCCCAUUUCAAUAAAGGUAACACUUGAUCUUGUAAAGAGUUUAUAUGCAAAGUUUAUUGACUGGGAUCUUGAAAUGCUUGACCAAGAAACAGGUGUUCCUUCUCAUGCAGCAAAUACAGCAAUUAGUGAAGACUUGGGACAAGUUGAAUAUAUCUUGACUGAUAAAACUGGCACAUUAACCGAGAACAAAAUGGUCUUCAAGAAGUGUUGUGUUGGUAGAACUUUCUACGGGAGUGAGAGUGGGGAUGCCUUGAAAGAUACUGCACUUCUCGACGCUGUUGCCAGUGGUUCUUCUGAUAUUAUCAGAUUUCUUACUGUUAUGGCUAUAUGUAAUACAGCUAUACCGACAAAGAGUAAGAAGGGAGAUAUUGUAUACAAGUCACAAUCUCAGGACGAAGAAGCCUUAGUUCAAGCUGCUGCUCGCCUGCGUAUGGUUCUAGUCAAUAAGUCUGCAAAUACUCUUGAGAUCAAUUGCAAUGGUUCUUUGAUACAAUAUGAACUGUUGCAUGUACUGGAGUUCACUUCUGAUCGGAAGAGAAUGUCAGUAGUCGUGAGAGAUUACCAAAACGGAAAGAUUAUCCUAUUGUCAAAAGGCGCUGAUGAAGCAAUUUUCCCUUGUGCAAAUACUGGUCAAUAUAUAAGGACAUUUACUGAGGCUGUUGAACAUUAUGCUCAACUGGGAUUACGAACAUUAUGUUUGGCGUGGCGCGAGCUUAAGGAGGAUGAAUAUCGUGAAUGGUCUUUGAUGUUUAAGGAGGCUAGUAGCACUUUGGUUGAUAGGGAGUGGCGGAUAGCUGAAGUUUGCCAAUUAAUAGAACGUGACCUUGAAAUCCUUGGAGUGACUGCGAUAGAAGACCGUUUACAAAAUGGGGUGCCAGAAACCAUUGAGACUCUUAGAAAAGCUGGAAUAAACUUUUGGAUGUUAACCGGAGACAAGCAGGGAACUGCUAUUCAAAUUGCUCUUUCGUGCAAUUUCAUAUCCCCAGAACCAAAAGGUCAGCUCCUGUUGAUUGAUGGAAAAACUGUAGAUGAAAUUCGCAGAAUCUUGGAAAGGGUCUUGCUUACUAUGAGAAUUACAACUGCAGAGCCUAAGGAUGUGGCCUUUGUGAUUGAUGGUUGGGCACUUGAAAUUGCACUUAAGCAUUGCAAAAAGGAAUUCACUGAGUUAGCCAUACUGUCAAGGACAGCCAUAUGUUGCCGUGUGACUCCAUCACAGAAGGCACAGCUAGUACAGCUCUUAAAGUCAUGUGAUUAUAGAACAUUGGCUAUUGGUGAUGGUGGCAAUGAUGUGAGGAUGAUACAGCAGGCUGAUAUUGGUGUUGGAAUCAGUGGGAGGGAAGGAUUACAGGCAGCAAGGGCAGCCGAUUAUAGUAUUGGGAAAUUCCGAUUCUUGACGAGAUUAAUUCUUGUGCAUGGACGUUAUUCAUACAACCGCACAGCAUUUCUCUCCCAAUACUCCUUUUACAAGUCCUUAAUUAUCUGCUUCAUACAAAUUUUUUUCUCUUUUGUUUCAGGCAUCUCUGGAACUAGCCUUUUCAAUUCUGUCAGUUUAAUGGCUUAUAAUGUCUUCUACACAAGUGUCCCUGUUCUUGUUAGUGUUCUUAACAAAGAUCUAAGUGAAACGACAGUUAUGCAGCAUCCUCAGAUCUUAUAUUACUGUCAAGCUGGAAGGGUUCUGAACCCAAGCACCUUUGCGGGGUGGUUCGGACGGUCUCUUUUCCAUGCUAUUGUUGUAUUUAUUAUCAGUAUAAACGCAUGUGCUGGCGAAAAAAGUGAAACGGAGCAGGUAGCUAUGGUUGCACUGUCUGGAUGCAUAUGGCUGCAAGCUUUUGUUGUAGCACUGGAAACGAAUUCUUUCACGAUAGUACAACACCUUGCAAUAUGGGGGAAUUUGCUUGCCUUCUACGUCAUCAAUCUUAUUGUCAGUGCAAUUCCGUCAUCAGGAAUGCACACAAUCAUGUUUCGGUUGUGUAAGCAACCGUCAUACUGGAUUACUAUGUUUCUUAUUGUCGUGGCAGGCAUGGGUCCAAUAGUAGCUAUAAAAUAUUUCCGCUUCACAUAUACACCAAGUAAAAUCAACCUACUGCAGCAGGCUGAGCGCUUGGGUGGUCCCAUCCUAUCUCUAGGUAACAUUGAACCUCAGCUUAGGUCAAAUGAAAAAGAAAUUACACCCUUGUGUAUAGCUCACACGAAGAGUAGGACACCGGUGUAUGAGCCUCUGUUGUCUGACUCACCAAAUUCCACUAGAAGGUCGAUUGGGCAAGGGUCACCAUUUGAGUUUUUCCAGACACAAGGCAGGUUGUCUUCUAACUACUCGAGAAAUUGUAAGAGCAAUUGAUUCAGCAAAUGAUGAGAGUGUAUAGCUUUAUCAGGCGUAGGGGUUAUUUCAUUUGUAAUAUCAUCUUGUAGGCUAAAUAUAGAAUGUACGUGCGUAUUAAUUUGUACAGAUAAAAAAACACCAGAUAGGAUGAUUUCAGGCAUUCUGAUUUCUAAUUUGAUAACCAUUUACUUUACAUGAGUUUAAAGCAACAAUUUUGAGUAUGACCGACCUUGUAAUAAACAUUCUAUUUUUUUCAGAAUAAUAGUGACAUUCAGAUGUUUAUCUGUACUACAGUA